UUAUAAAGAACACGACAGAAAACGUUAGACAUUGAAAGUUUAUAUUUCAUUCGGAGCAAAAGUAUGGACUGUCACGGUUAACACUAAAGCAUAGAUUAUACAGUAGUUAAAAAAAUAACAAAAUCCAUAAAGAAUUCUAGGUUAGGGCGGAUGUAAAUAUUCAACGAUGGCCUACUCUAGUUUAUCGGUCUCUGCGGCCGACCGCCAGUAAGCGGGGUAAUGUUAGGUGCUUAGUUUUUUUAGUAGGUAAAUCCACAUUUUGGUAAUGAGUCGAGGGAAAAAUUGUAAUAAAUAAAAUAAUUUAAUUUUUGAUGCUGCUAUUUUCUUGUAAAUGAAGUUUGUGUACAAUAAUCAUGUCGAUGAGUCCAGAUGAAACUUAUAUGUAUGAUAAGAAACGACCAUGGUACAAAUAUAUAACUGUGGAGCCUUCUAUGUUCUUCUACAUGAUGGCAUAUAUGAUAACAAAUGUAAUUGAACAAACAUUUUAUGUAUAUCAAACUUGUAGAGUGAACCAUGGCCACAGUUCUGAAAUAUGUUACAACAUCAGUGAUUAUAAGGAAAUCAAUCAAGAAGUACAGGCCACAGUAUCUACAUUCCAUCAGUGGAACGGCAUAGCGAGUCACGUGGUGCCACUUCUCCUUGCAUUUUUCCUGGGCUCUUAUAGCGAUAAACGAGGUCGAAAGUUUAUAUUGCUUGCGGGCCUUAUUGGCAAACUUUAUUUCUCGGUGAUGAUUACUGUUAAUACUAUGAAUGAAUGGCCAGUGGAGUAUGUGAUAUACACAGCGGUGUUGCCCAGCGCUCUCACCGGCUCCGAUUUGGCAAUAUUCGCCGGUUGUUUCGCCUACAUAGCGGAUGUUUCUUCUGUUAAAAACAGAACUCUUAGAGUCGGCAUCCUUGAUGUAGUGUACCUUAGUACCAUGCCCUUAGGCGUUGCUAUUGGAAAUGUAUUAUACACCAAGGUGUUAAAUAGGUCAUUUACGGCCAUGUUUACUAUCAAUACAACCUUGAUGGUUUUGGCCACGUUACACGCGCUGCUGUUUUUGGAAUGGCAAACAAGACCCGAGCAGAAAUCGCUGAAAGAAGCCGGCGUGAAAAAUCCGAUCACGGACUUUUUCGACAUAAACAACAUCUUUAAAACAGUGAAAACUUUAACGAAAAGGAGAUCAAAUAACCGAAGACUAUUUUUAUGGUUCCUAUUGAUGUCUAUGGCGUUUUAUACUUUCCAAAGAGACGAACGUCCCGUUAUGUAUUUGUACACGUCGUCGGUGUUCCAAUGGGAUGCGACGACGUUCAGUAACUUUCGCACAUAUCUAAGCACGCUAUACGUGCUGGCUAUGCUGGUGGGCAUCCCUCUCAUGACGAAAAUUAUUCAAAUUAGAGACACGCUGAUAAUGAUGCUGGGCGCUACGUCACAUAUAAUCGGCCAUGUCAUAUAUGCGCAUGUGAGGUUCGACAAGAUGAUGUAUUUAGGGGCUACGGCGGCGGCGCUGGGUCCUUGCGUAGCUCCCUUAAUCCGUUCCAUGACUUCGAAAAUACUGCCAGCCGAUGAAAGAGGAGUGGCGUACGCGUUCCUGUCGGUGAUGGAGAAUGCAGUGGGUCUAUUCGCUUCGGUGGUGUACGCGCAGGUAUACAAGGCCACGCUCGGCACAGACCACAUGAAUGCUAUCUUCUAUUUCACUAUAUCUACGCAAGUCGCCGUGUUCAUGUGUGCCUUUGUAAUGGAACUCAUGCUUAAGGGGCGGAAACUGGAAUCAAUCACAACACAGGAACAAUCAGAAAAAGAAAUAUCUUGAUUUAACCUUAUAUUGGUUUAUUAAUAUAAGGUUGUACCUCCAUGAGCAGCUUUCAAAAAACAGAAUGGAAUCGAAUAAUAGUUUAAGGUGCCUUUCCUAUUUCAAUUGUGAUAUUUUAGUAAUUUUUUUAUUUUAAAUAUUCUAAAAAAAGUUGUUAUGAAGCAUUAAAUCUCGAAUGGUUAGUGUUUCUUACUGAAGAUUAUAAGCAUGUUCUUUAUUUUAUUUUAACUUGCCCAAACAUAAUUUAAAAAUUCUAACAAAUAUGCAUAUGUUUUUAGGGAUGUAAACUAUAAUUCUUAAAAUAAAUUAUUUUAUUUUUGUCCAAAAUUGAAAAAUUUGGAUAUAUUGCUAGAAUUUAUUUAUGAAAAGUUUGUAAGGCAACAUUAGGGUGCUAAAUCUAGCAUCAGCUAUUCUCCUGUUAAACUUAAUUCCUGUAAGUAUUAUGUAUUGUUUUUAUUUCAAAGCAAAUGUGAUCAUACUUUAUAUGAAAUAAGUGAUAUACAAUAUUGUUGAAAAUGAUUUAAUGUUAAGUUUUGACAAUGUAAAACAGUUUUUAGUAUUCAAUAAACUCCACUAUAAUAUUACCGUUA